AUGUCCUCCUACUCCUCAGACGGCGAGCCGUGCAACACACCGACACAUACUACUGUCAGUAUACCAGAAAUCCGUGAUAUUCCACCACCCAGCUACGCGAACUCUACAUCACAGCGCACUUCAGCGAAAAUAGGCCCCUGGAAAGGAUCAACAUACAUCAUCCGUGAUCCCGAGACGGAACUCGUCAUCGGCCUCAGAGAUGGGAACCUAAGAAUGUUUUCACAGGAGAAAAGUUCUGGCGGUUUCGACUUUGGUCAGCGAGAUACCCAUUGGCAGUGCCACGAGAAUGGACAGAUGUGGCUCGGUUUCAAGAACGCAGUGUCUGGACGAUGGAUUGGACAUAAUGAUAAUGGAAAACAUUGGAGAUUUCGUUGUCAAGCGGAACGGCAUAAAUCGUGGGAGUAUUUUGUGACGAGACAACAUCCAAAUGGUGGACAUUUGCUUUUAGUGAAGGAUUGGGACUCGUUCCUACCGAUGAGGGCGGCUGAUAAUGGUGAAUUGGUGGUGGAGAGAGAUGUAGAUGCUGGGACGGCGUGGGAGUUUAUCAAAGUUGAUCUGUAA